AUGGCCUUGUUCACUUCCUUACGUCUCCUGGCUCUCUCACUGAGCUUGGCCUCAGCAUGCCCUCAACUCCAGAAAAGACAGGGCGUCAAUUCGACUGUUCCUGAGGAGAACCGCUUCUUUGCCUACCAAGAAUCGGAUGACUGGGGCAGACUCAAUCCAGCGUGGGAACUGUGCCAGACAGGUACCCAGCAAAGUCCAAUCCCACUGCGACUUGACCAAGGCCUCUCGAGAUUCCACACGUUGGAGUUCAACUAUCCGAACACCAGUUCCGGGGACUUCCACAAUUGGGGGUAUGGUCCGGCCACUACAUUUCUGGGCGAGAAUGGGGCCGGUGUUACAAGCUUGCCGUCCGCGCAGUUCGAUGAAAACAACGUCAACGAGACGGUAUAUCUAGCCAGCUGGCACAUUCACGCACCUGCAGACCACUCCGUACAAGGCGACCGCUCCAAAGCCGAGCUACAUCUCGUUCAUGCGGAUGCCCAAGGGAACGAACGCGCUGUCCUCGCCAUCCGUAUCGACCCGGGCAAUUCUGAUAGCGGCUUCUUUCGUCAGCUUCCAGCCUUUAUUGGAUUCAACUCGACCGGCGAGAGUAGACCCAACACGUCGAUGAACAUGAAUCUUGCAUUGGACGAGAUCGAUCGCUUCUCCGAUUUCUGGACCUACCGUGGCUCGUUAACCUCGCCUCCUUGUACGGAAGGUUUGCGAUGGUUCGUCGCCCGGAACAUUAUGUUUGUUUCGGAUGAGCAGAUGCAGGAUAUCUUGCGGGUGUCGACCUUUUCGGCGAGAGCUGAGCAAGAAGUCUGGCGACACGACAUCAACUCCGAUUGA